GGUACCUGGCGAGGUACGGCGCCGCAAAUGCUGUAGAGAUGGUCUGAUUAACUCUGCCUGCACUUGUCUCCCACUCCAUCAGCGCCAUUGAAGAUUCUUCAAUGGAGUUUCCUUCUCUUCUUCUCUUCUCUCUCAUGUCCUCGACCUUCCUCCUCUCAUGGGCUUCCCGGAAUUCAUCCCCCCAAGUCGGAAUUCUCGCCCGGGAGCUCCUCGAAUCGGCUCGGGACCCCCACUUCUUCGACUGGAUGAAGAGCAUAAGAAGAAGAAUCCAUGAGCAUCCAGAGCUUGCUUUCGAAGAGUAUAAGACUAGCGAAUUGAUCCGAUCCGAGCUCGACUCGAUUGGGAUCGAGUAUUCAUGGCCGUUCGCAAAAACGGGCCUCGUCGCUUCGAUUGGGUCUAGCGGGUACCCUUGGUUUUCUCUAAGGGCAGACAUGGAUGCUCUUCCUUUGCAGGAAAUGGUGGAAUGGGAGCAUAAGAGCAAGCAUGACGGUAAGAUGCAUGCCUGUGGUCAUGAUGCCCAUGUAACAAUGCUACUCGGAGCGGCUAAGUUGCUUCACCGUCGAAAGGAUGAAUUGAAGGGGACCAUCAAGCUCGUUUUCCAACCAGCGGAAGAGAGUUAUGCCGGCGCAUACCAUAUGUUACAAGAGGGUGCGUUUGAGAAUGUACAGGCGAUCUUCGGACUACAUGUUAAUCCUGGUUUGCAGACUGGGGCUAUUGCUUCAAGACCAGGUCCCAUUAUGGCUGCAUCGGCACGAUUCGUGGCCACAAUUCAAGGGAAAGGUGGGCAUGCAGCAAGUCCACACAAAAGCAAAGAUCCAGUACUCGCCACAUCCUUUGCAAUCCUUGCCCUCCAGCAGCUUAUUUCUCGAGAAUCAGAUCCUCUUGACAGCAGAGUAGUCUCAGUUGGAUUUGUUAAGGGUGGAGAAGCACACAAUGCAAUCCCAGAGUCUGUGAAAUUUGGAGGAACUUUCAGGAGCAUGACAACUGAUGGUCUCUCUUACUUGAUCCAAAGGAUCAGAGAGGUCAUAGAGACGCAGUCGGCGGUGCACCGUUGUUCAGCGACAGUGGACUUCAUGGAGAAGAAACUGAGACCGUACCCGGCGACGGUAAAUGACGAAGCAUUAUACGAGCAUACAAAGCAGGUGGGAGAGGAACUAGUUGGAGAAAACAAGGUGCAUUUGAGCCCGAUGACCAUGGGAGCUGAAGACUUCGGCUUCUACUCGAAUAAGAUGCCGAGUGUUAUGUUUUCUGUGGGGAUAAAUAACAAGACGUCAGAGACGAUCCCGCCCCUGCACUCUCCCUACUUCUACCUUGACGACAAUGCUCUUCCAGUAGGAGCAGCUCUACACGCUGCGGUUGCAAUCACUUACUUGGAUAGCCAAGUCGGUGAUUUCUAAGUGGUAUGUGCAUUUCGGGCCUUUUGAUUCGUAACGGUCGUUUGGACCUAAAAACGAAGAAGAAGUCUAUAAAAAUCUCGUGGGCCUGCACGAAAAACUCUGCAUUAGAAAAAAACUCAUGCGGAGUUUUUCCUACAGGAAAACUAAAAACUUUCGAAUUUUAGCUUAAAAUUUAAAAAAAUUUCAUUUUCAAGGAAACCCGAUAAAGCAACCACUUGGUGACGAGUGUCCGAGUUAUUCAAUAAGCCUUUCUCUGAGGGCUUGUUUGGAUGCUGGUUAGUUCUUUUAAGUUGUAAGUGACUUGUACGUAAGCCACUUACAUGUAAAACUUACAGGUAAUUUGUCUGGAUGUAAGCUAUAAGUUACUUACAAGUAAAUUAAUUUUUCUAUUUGGAUAACGUGUAAAUUACUUACGGGUAGAAAGUUGUAUAUUCACAUCGAGCAAAGAAUGGAUUA